AUGAUUUACGAAACAGCAAUUUCCACUCCAAAGGAUAAAUCAAUGCUUGAACUUAUGAAAUCCGUACAAUCUGGGAAUGUCGAAAAAAGAACAAACACGUACUUUUUUGCCGAUGUCGAAACCACCAUUCACACAAACGCUGGGGAGAAAGCAGAACUACCUUGCCUAGUUUAUGGUAUUGAUCUCUCUUCGACGGUGGUAAGUAGGUAGCAUAUUAAUUUAUGUUGAAUUCUUUCUAAAUGUGCAAGAUGGAGAGGACGCUCUCGGUGAUCUAGUCUCUAGUGCGGAAUUUGGUAGAAAGGAUAGAUAAGUCUUUUUAGGAGUACUAUGGCUGAAGUUAAUAUAAAUACGUAGUUUGCAAGAAACAUAUAUUUAUGUAUAAAAGUUUGUUGGUUUUCGUUAAAAAGCUGGAUUGACAGACGCCUUUAGUCAUUUAAAGUGAAAUGCGGAGCAUCCAAUAAAUACAGCCCGUUGUAUAAGAACAAUGAGAGUUUUUCAUUAUCAUACAGGUAGAUUUGAAAACGCUGUUUUCAUAAAACUUGAUCAAGAUCAUAUGGGAGCCUAAGAAAGGCACUACAGUUUACAAGAUCUGUGAUAGCAACAGGGCAACAAAUAAUUUAUAUCUCAAAAAAAUUUUUAUAAGCUUUCCCUAAAAUAGUCAUAAUUGCAGCAUAUUUCAAAAUAUUGCCACAUUUCCAUACAUGGAUAUUGCUGGCAAACAUCAGCUUACAAUUACAACAUUACAGCAUUAGUCAAAAUAUUACAAAUUUAAAGGCAAGGACAGAAAACGGUUUGUGUCUUCUUAUUCGGACAUGCAAAGACACUGGAAAUCCUUCGGAUAAGAAGUGACACGCCCGGUUGUAUUCUGUAAAAUAUGUAAUGGAUUGACCGCAAUGAAUAAUGCCAAAUUCGAAAAAUAAAAAUUAUUCAUGGUUUUUUUCGUAAACAAAUUUUUUUUUCACGAAAACUCGCGCGUAGUACCGAAGAAAAUUAUUAAUUCAAAACAAAACAAGACAGAAAAGUCUAAUUUUUAUCUAAACUAUCAGUUGCCAUUUCAGCUCAAGGAAGGCCAUAUGUGCACAUUCUAUAUUAUUGCUACUUCAGGCCAGAAUGCACAUUCAACACGCUUAUGGGUUUCUAGAAGAAUAUUGGUUAUUCCCAAAUAACUGAUACAUACUGGGGUACUACUUAGUGUGUAGGCUCUUUUGCUGUAUCAAAUGAGUAAAAUACGACUGAUGUUCGAUAAUAAGUUCAAGAAAGUGUAAGGUGACGUACAGAUAUGAAAGAAAUACAGAUGGUAGUUGGAUUAUCCUACUUGAUAUAAGUUGGACUGUGUUAUCGCUGUAUAUGUGAUUACAGACACUACCGGAUGAAUACUGUCAAUCAUUUAAACGUUUACUUAACACUGCCUACAAACUCGUGGCAUAUGCUUACAAAGGCGUGUAUAAUUAAUUAUCUUACUGGAAUGACGAAAGAAUGAACAGAACAAGUGAUGUCCGCCAAAUUUGCGGUUUGAACUAGGGAUGGUUGUGAUAAAACAGUCCGCAAUGUCCAAAUCUCGCGCUAUUAUGUCCUACGUUUAAUAAAAGUAUGUGUUGUUUAAUAUUACAAGUAUACAUACAGGUAGGUGCACAAAGUAUUUUGAGUGGUUUAAAUAUUUUCAAAUUAAAUUGUUCUUCAAGAAAGCCCAGACCUACGGCCUAAUUUUCUACAUUUGGUCGCAAUUUAAAACCGACUAAUCUGUGCGGGCAAAUUACUAGAAAUGGAAUACACUUCAAUUUGCUUCCGUGAAUUAAUAGCCACUUUUCAUAUUCCACACCGACAGAUUUACGUUUUACUUUCAAAGAUCAAUUUUCAACGCCACAUUCAUGCAGUACCUCAAAGAGGUUUUCUGCAACUAUAAAACUAACUUCAGGAACAGUCUGAUCAAGAGUUCGAUUCCAAAUUUUUAAGUGCGGUUUUUAAAGAGAAAAGAGCCGGCGACUGCAAUUCGGUCUAAUUAAAGCAAAAGCAAGGUUGAUUUAAUUGUUUCUACCAUAUUAACACGAACCUUGUGAUUUUGAACUUAAAGGCUUUUGUCUAUAAACGUUCUAGAAUAUAAUCACAAACUUUACUGUAACACAGUCGUUGGUCUUUCUUUACCAUUUCUUAUUCGUGUGUAUUUUUAAUAUUCAGCAGUCAAAUUCUAUAUUGCAAUCUGAGAUUACAAACUAACACCUCCAAAAAAUUUAAGCAUUAAAAUUAUAAAGCAUCGAUAAGUAUUUGGAUUCGGACGUCCAGUAAAAGCUGGCACAACCCUAGCUGUACUGCUGUUAAUAUUUUCCAGAUUUCAUGGUGGAAAGCCGGCGAUUUUCAAGAAAUCUCUUUGGGCCUUGAAGCACGAAAACACCGCUUCUUUCUGCCAAGACGAUUUUACGAAGAUUGGACCCUCGUAAUUGAAAACACUGAGAAAAAGGACACUGGAUUUUAUGCAUGUCAGAUCAAUUCCGACAAACUUUUGGAAAAGAUAUUUUAUUUGAACGUUACAGGUAAGGUCAAUAAACGUUUGGUAGUUUGCUUUGUUAAAUGUUCCUGUUAAAGUAAACAUCUGAUUAUGGUUGGUUAAAAUCAAAUAGCUCACUCUCAGUUUAAAGAUAGUGUGUAAUUUGCGUUAAAAGCACUUACAUCUGAAUAUUCACAUAAACCAUUAAAUUUCUUUAAACAAGUUUGUUGUAUUCUAAUGCAAUUUUAACAAACGUUAGUCAGCGCAGUGCAUCUGAUUUAUUACUAUUAGCAGUUUUAUCGUUUUUUACACUUGAGUUUUUUAUAACAGCAUGACAAAUCGGUUACUAGUGUCCCGAUAACUAGUUUAAAAUGAGGUAGUUCUAAAACACAGGACUAUUUCAAGUUAAUUUCUUAAUUUACUAAAAUAGUUUGAAACAUGCUCAGAGCAACUACGCGUUUGGAUUACAAGGUUAAUAGUCACAGAUGUGAAUCUGUAGUCUUUAAUAAUAAGGAGACAUAAGUGGGGCGGCCAUGCAAAUUUACGGUUUUCGCUGACCAACAUAAAUAUUGUCUUUGCUAUAAUUGUAAAAUUUGUAAGUUAGAAUUUGCACGCAGUUAUUGAUAUUUUUACUUUGACAACCCUGACAUAUCGUUACUUGCUUGCAUUAAGUCGCAAGAUGAACGCUUGUAAAAACACAGCAAUUACGUGCUCGCGUCUAGAUGAUAUUUAACGUACCGCCAAAUGUUAUCAAAAUACUUCAGUCGUGGUUUUUAGCAUAUAAAUAACGACACAGUAAGUGGUGCUUUAGAAGUAAUAAGAAUUAGACUAGCACAUAAGCUAACCCAUAGACGUUGUUAUUCGAAAAAUAAGCUGUAAUUAUAUUGGUCAAGGGUUCCCAAAACACUUGAAUACCACUGCUCUUUAGCAGAUGCUUACAAAAUCCGCAUAGAUUCGUGAAGCAUUUUAGAGUGUUGUCUCGUAAAAGAAUAUUUGGACCCCAUUGCGCACAUGCAUAAUCCAGCAAAGACAAAAAUAUAGUAGUAUUCGCAACGUUAACAUAUUUGUCAGUAAAACGCUGUUAUCAUGCAUAAAAAAGAAUUUGUUUAUAGUGAUCCAUGCGGUUUUACUGCCUAGUAGAUAGCAAAAGCUGAGUUAAUUUCAUAUGUUAACAUUAUUCGUCUUCGUUUUUCUGUUGUCAUGUUUUUCUACCUAUUUUCCUAUCAAAAACAAAUUACCUUUGUAUAUAUCCUCUUAUACAUAGAGCCAUACUGCGCGUAGAUGGCAAUCGCGUUCGAGGGCAAAUAUUUCCUUUUAAUUUGCUUUAGUUUUCAUGUUUUUUUACCUUAGAUCAGAAUAAGUUAGGUAGCUGAGCGUUUUUGAAGUUCGGAUACAUCAUUUAUUAAAGGUCCCAAUAGAUUAUGCACAAACAAAGCUCAUGCGUUAAGAUAACAAAUUACUGAUGUUUAGUCAGCUUGAUGACCUUUUGUAUUUUCGACGAACAAAAUCCUGUCGAAUGCAUGAACAUUUUUUGCAAUUAGUAAAAAUCGGUCUUCCUUCUAAUCUUUUCGCAAUUCCGUCGCAUUUGCGGAAAAGGUCGUCGACGCACAAAAUGCGGAUGGUAAAUUUAGCUGUUUAAUGCUUAGGUGAGGUAAAACACGGUCCCAAAUUAUACAGUAGCUUGUAUUGAAGACACUUAAAUUCAAAUCAUAUUUUUGUUAUCCAGGGAAUAAACGCUUGGAACUGCAGUUUCACGAGAGGCUUCCCGACGUUUAUCAAUUGACAAGCCCCAUCAUUUGCAUAUAAAUACAGACAAACACACAUCUAACCUAUACAGGAUGGUGCUUGAAAGACAUAGCAAUCGAACAUAUUCGUCUGGAUCAGCACAAAAGUUGUCUAUUCUGGUUAGACAGCUAAAACUUACAAAGCGCACAAUAGUUUGAAACAAAAUUUGUUUAAACAUGCAAUUAGCCAGUAUAUUAUGCACUGCCGGUUUUUGUACUUCAGAGCAUUGUUUUUAGUAUAAAAGGAGAAGCCUGGCCGAUAAAAGAGACUAUUUGUCCAGUAUUCUGUGUUUUGGAAGUUGAGCAGGAGUCCAGAAUAAGCAAUUACUUGUUAGGAUAAUGUGGUAGGCAGAAUGAGUAGAAUGGUCAUUUUUCCAAUUUGGAAUGUGCAAUUCACUGACACAAAUUAGCCGUCGCGGAUGAAUACCAGAGUUGUGAUCAUGCAUUCGCUUAUGGCAGUUUUGCCGCCAUGGCAGGGCUAAACGCAUAAUGGUGUUUUCUGUUAAAUAAAGUGUGCAUUUUGUUCUGUUAAUCUUUGCAAAUCAUGUAAACUGUAAUGCAAUAAUGAGUGCGUUGCAGACUUUCAGACUUUAGAUACUGAAAUAUGGUGUGGGGAACAUUGCACUCGUCCAUAACAAUGACUUCACUUAAAUUUUGGAAAAAUGAUAAAGUGAAACAGUUAUAUGUCCUCGGUAUUCAAAACGAGGUCAGUUAAUGCAUACAGAGGUUCAAAUCUCAGUUAGUGCUGUAUACCUCAAAUAUUUCUGCUUAUGAUUUUGCAAGAGCCAUUGCGAAAGCAAGCACUUCAUCCCUAUUAUUAUUGCAGGGAAUGUCCAAGAGACAACAGCGGACUCAGAAUUCCUAAAAGAUGAAGAACUGCCAAAAUCUAUUAUAAAAGGUAAAUUGUCUACUUUUUUACCAAACGUGUUAAAUUUUUUGGAAAUACAGACUAAUGCAGUGCAUUUAGACUAGAACACUGGGAUAUUUUGAUCGAUUAAUAAAUUUUUUCCCUUAUGCAAAUAUUUUCAAUUCGGCAAACAUUCUACAUGCCAAUUCAUUUUCCACAGAAUUGUCUACGGUCCAGGCAGGGUAAAUGAAAGAUAAUUUCUAUAAUUAUGCUCAAAUAAGGUAAAAUAAAUUAAAUACCUAACUUAAAAUAAAAACGCAAAGAGCCAUCAAAAAUGAAGUCCUACGAAACGUCAAACUCAUGGGUAUUCUUAUAAAAUUACAAAGAGUAGAAAAUUUUAAUUGUUUACAAUUAGACUUUUUUAGCAAGACCGUUGACUGAGUAUUAAAUUGAAGUUGUAGCCUAUCGAUUGGCACACGUCAGAAUAACUUCAAUUAGAAAUUCUAGUUUUAAGAAAAUACUGCCCAGAUUUUAUUCUAUCAUUUUGAUGCAUUUUUGCACUGCAUUGCGUGAAAAUGUAGAACAUGACAAGAUCAAACCUUUUGACAAUUAUUGCGUAUACUGCACCAGAACUACAAAAUAUGUCAACUUCACUGUAAAAUCCAAAUUAUUUAUUGCAAAUUUUAAAGGUCAACGACCAAUUAAACAUUUAAAUUAAAUGCCGUUAGACACCAAUGUAGUGCAUUGCUUAAUCGAACUUUCGGCGCUUUUUCAAAUUGGAUUGUUAUCUAGAUUAAUUUAAAAAAAGCUGGAUUACCGAAUAAUCUUGUAGGAAUACUAACAGUGAGUAGGGGAUAAUGGUAAUAUUUAAUCGUGAUUUAUAAGUGCAAAUGUCAGUAAAUUUUUAUUUGUAUGUAAAAGAGGGCACAAAAACGCAGCGUGUUCGGAUGAAUUAUAUUUUGUUUGAAAUGUACUGGUUUGUUAUUAAAAUAAAAACAAACAGUUUUGUUUUCUAAUCAUACCGUGCGACGCAUAUUUGCCAAAAGGAAUGCUCUAAACUAGGACAUUAUCUUAUAAAAAAAUUUACAUAUUCCGUAACAUAAGAGAAGUCUUGUAGCAAAGAAAACCAUUCAGAUAUGUUGGAAUUCAACAGUUUCUUGCUUAGAUGUGAUUUACUAGGAUGACUUUGCUUAUUACCAACCAUUUUUUCGCCUUGUGUGUGUCAAUAAACUCCGCAUUAUUCUCUAUGUUAAUAAACGCCAAUAUGAUGUUCUUCCUGCACUUAUAAACCUGUAACUUGACUAAUCAAUUGGCAGAUUUUUCUAUUAAAUCACAGCUUACAUUAAAAUACGUUAAUUACAUGUCUGAGGUUUUCAUAAAAAUAAUGAAAAUAACAACAUGGUUUUAGUGGUUCUAAUAUGGACACAAAAAUCAUCUCAAGCGACCUCCAUUAAUCUCUACUGUGGAUGUUUAGCGGCUAGACGACCCGGACCUACAAGUUAAUUAAGCACGUGAUUAUUUCUCAUAAUGCAUUACCGUAACGCAACAUAGGGUUAAAACAUAUUACAGGUUAUUGGCAAGAUACACAAAAUAAAUCUCCAUCCCUUAGUCUUUAUAAUUGUAUUCUUAAUCAAAAGUGCGCCAAAGGGCUUAAUUGCACCCCGGAAUUGUUGUCCUACAGAAAAAGAAAAAGUUACUGGUUGGCAGGAACUGCGAUUUGACUUAUGCUGACUUGUGACAUAAGGUCACUGCCUUUGGUUUGUGUGAAAUUAGUUAAUCUAUUUUCUUCGUGGAUUUGCUUCAUUCCUUUAAAAAUUGAGAGAAAACGUUCAAUUGAUGUAUAACUAAGCAUUAAUGUUACUGUACUGGAGAAAAGAUAAAACCAUCAAUAUCCAAAAGAGGGGAUAAGUAAGGGUUAGAAUUAACUUUGGACCGCAAAUAUGUCACUAAGUUGAAAGAGCCCUGGUCAUGUACGGCAAUUUAAUAAAAAGUGUCAUUUUACGUGUUCAACAAAUGCAAAAAAGAAUCUUAUGGGCACUCGUAACAUUCUUUUUAGAGAAAACCACAGCUAAAACUGCAGUGAUAAUUGACUGGAAUAGUCUGCGCAAUUAGUAUGAGGUAUAGGAUACACAGCAGAGUUUAAGACCUGCGACGAUCAUUCUAUUGAGGUAUAUGCAACCACCAACAGCACCAUAACAUGUUUUCCGCUUGUGAGCAUCUGUAAAUAAACAGAUCAAAUUUACACGAAACUAUUUUUCAGGAUUGUCAAGAUUCUCGUGGUGGUAUUCAGAAGAUAACUUGGCCAAAAUUUCUCCUUCUCGAUAAAUUCGCGCUAGGUCACUACCUAUGCAAUAAAUGUGCUAACUCACGAGGUGUUGAACUAAAUUAUAAAUGCAUUUUUGUCUCGAAAAGAUUCUUUAUAAAUUCAAAUAUAUUCCGUAGAAAACACAUAUAGCAAUAUCUAUUUGUUGGUUAAAUUUUUAAAAAAAUGGAUUUUAUUCAAAUUAAGUGUUUUAAAGGAAGCUAUAGUUAAUUUUGAGAACCGUUCUAAUUAUGGUAUUUUUAAGACUGUGAACUGCAUAUUUAUGACGCAUCCUGUCUCCACACUUACUACUUUUGUAUGAAAAAUCUACAAUAUGGCUUAAAUCCACCUAUAAAUUUUAUAAACCCCGAAUAGUUUCCUCUAAAUAACGUAUAGAAAUUUACGAUUUUCCUUUCACGGAAAAUAUGGACUUUGUAGUUUGGUAACCCCGAGUGCAGGUAUGAAAUAUGUCAGCUUUUAAAUAUUUCGAGUGUUAAGGGUUUUAAAGACAAAUUAUCCCCUUUUUAAAAGCAUAGGAUUGGAAGAAUAGCAAAAUAAUGGAUGGCAUGACAAGGUUACUGAAAUAUCUUAGGAUUAUGCUGCAUGAUAACUAAUAUUACAAUUUCACUUAAGUAACUUCUCGACGGAUAAGUGCAUUUCAGAAGUUCGUUUAACAUUUAAUGAGUAGUAUAUCUACUAUACAUAGGAACGGUGUAGAAAUAAAAGAUGUCAGCGACUAGAGAGAGAGAUAAAAGUUUAUCUUAAAACACGGAGACCGAUCUCGUGCUCGCAAAAGAACCAUUUUCAGGCUCCUCAACUACCGUGGUCAAAGGUAGUGUACUCGGCAACUCUUCAUGCCCUUCCCCUCUCACUUCGUCAUUGGAAUUGGCCGUUAUUAUGUCCGUCCCCUCUUAUAUUCUCACACUUGGCUUUUGUCUUAAGACAGCCAGUCCUUUUUAUUCUACCCAGUUCCAAUUAAAAUGUGCUGGCCUGACGAGAAAUAAUCGAAGACAAGCAUAUACUUGCAAACUGAGCUCCUGAAAACCAUGUUUAAUAAUAUCCCGUAAGCCUGCACUGGUACUUGGCUGAGCAAAACUAAUAACACAUUUGCGUGCGGCCACUCAGCUGGAUGUAGAACAAUUGGUAAGGCAAUCCGAUUGGUAUUAAAUUUCUGAUUUUUGAGGCGUUAAAGAAAACUCAUGGAUUUAAAAUAACGCAUAAGAUACGAAGGCACAUGUAUUAGUGGUAGGGGGCGCUCACCGAUCGUUCACACGGAACUCACUCGUUCCGUUGUGCCUUAAGGGCUCUCUCUCGAGCCCAACCAGCAGCCGCACAGCGACGCAUGAUAUAUAGGCAGAAUGGUAUUACCGACAAAGAUAAGGGAGACUGGACUGACCAUUUCUGGCUUAUUAGCCGUCAUCAGCCAGCCAUAACCAAGCCCGAAGUGUGGAACACCCGAGCCUCGAACUCGCGACCUGUUGGUUUAGAAGUCCACGCCUCAACCCACCGGGCCACGAGCCCGUAUUAGUAAGUCAACAUAUCCGUUCCUUCAAUAUAUUAUAAUUUGUCAAGUUCCCGGCGACUCAGUCUGCGGAAAAAGGUAUUAGGCCUAUUAGGGCAUAUUUCAAAGCAUCGAUUUUUCACGCAGAAAGUUUUCUGGUAUCGAGGCACAACUAAAGUACUGAACGGUUAGACACUUACAGUGAAUUAUUGAUGACUUUCCACGGCCACGAAAAAUGUAUUAGGAAACUGCAAGUCAAAUCUAACUGAAAACGUUACGUGUGUUUAUAACAUCCUACUGGGGUCCGCCUGAAUUCGGUCCAAUGCACUUUGAGAAGAAAAUCCUAGGCGAGCUGAUCGAUUACUCGCACACACGGGCCGAUCAAGCUCGAGAGGUGCAGCCAAUGAGAAGGCACCAUGAUCAUGCUGACAGCGCGCUAGAGCAAACGCGCGUGGCCCCGACUGUAUUACUGGCCCUUGUUCUUGGAAACGUAGACAUUCCCGACAAAAAACAAUUUAGCUGCCAGCGAUAUCGAACAAUACUUGCGCACCAAAUAAGACUUGAAAAUGAAUUUCGUGCAAUAGAUCACUUGCAGACCACAACGUUUAGCGUUUACCAGUCGGGUGAAAUGUGAAAAAAUCUGAAGGGUUUAUUUACGUACUUCUCGCAGCAGGAGGCCAGUAAGUUUAACUGAUACCGGAUGACGCCACAGAUAAUUUUCAAGAUUACUCAGAGAGGAAAAUUUGAGUUCAUAUUGCCUUAACGCAGCGUACCAAUAAACAAAAACUCGGCGUUACCGCUGUUACUCACCACCUCUACACUGUACUGCCUCACUUCUUUUUUAAUGGCACAUUUUAUAGUAAUCACUAACAGAUUAAGCGGAUGUUUGGAACUUUUUGAAGACCUUGUAUUGCACAGUUAAUAGACUGGUCGAUACGCUGGCAACAGCAAUUGUGAGAGGCUUUUGUUGAUGAUAUGUGCAUUGAAUAAAUUCUUUUUGAUCUUGGGAAGGCCAAAUGAAACGCUUUAGUUUGUUUGGAAAGGUUUCCGAAAUGAUAGUGGAACGUUGUUGUUUGGAUAAAGAUUUCAAGUGUGUUACGUUCAAAACAUGACUCAAGCAUGAGAACUAUGGCAAAGCGGUCGCUUUAAAUAAGGCAUGAUAUUCUGCAAUCUAAACUUAGGCAAUAAUUGCGCUGCGCACAGUAUUUUGCCCAAAUAAUAGCCGCGCUGUUGAAACGAAAAAUGAAUUCAUUCGUGCUAACAACCGGUCAAGCCUAGCAAGUUUUAGACUUUUCUUGUGUUUUCAAAGGUAAAAGACUGUGAAGGCCAUCUAACAGAAAAAACUGUUCCACUUGCACUUAGCGUUAUCCGCAAGCUAAAUAAAUGUUGAAAUAAAGUCAUAUGUUAAAAUUCACAUCGUACAAUUUAAUUUUAAUAUACACAUUCCGUACAAUCUGGCCCAGAUGGGGCAGACUAUGGUCGAUUAAAAUACUUCCAGCAGUGUUUUCAUUGUUGGAUAUUGAAAAAGUUAACUUUAAAAAACGUAAGGCUAGACGGUUCCUGACAGAACAUAAAAACCACUCCGCCUUCCCUCCUUACAUAAUCAAAUCUUUAAUGACAUAUUGCACGGUUCUUGUCCACUUGUUUCAUUUAAUCUGUUUUCAGACGCGGAAGUUAUACCUCAGAAGGCAGUGGAACCGGUUACUUUAGCAGGAACACCAACCACGAAAAUCGCUUACGGCCAAACCAGCAAAGCAAUUUCCCACACCUUUGGGUGCAUUUUGUCUUUCAGUGGGAUGUUUUUGAAACUGUGCAUUACAAGUUAA